AUGUAUGUAAGUAUUUUAAUUAUUAGGAUAAUAGGUGGAUAUUUGUCAAGUUCGUUAAAUAAUGUAGAUAAUUGUUAUGCUAUUGAUAAUAAUGAAGAUAAUUUAUGUGGAUUUGUAUUAACAAUAAAUGAAAGUGAAAAAUAUGAUAAAUUAAUUCAAACAAAAUGGAUUGAACAACUUCAUGAGAAAUAUCCAAAUGUUGAUCAAAAUUUUUUUGAAUUAAUCAAAUGUCCACAAUGGAUUUAUGAUCAAUAUUCUGUUCGUAUACAAAUAUUUAUUGAUUUAGCAAUAAAAACCGAUGAAAUUUAUCAUGUUGGAUGUAAAUUAAUGAAAAUUAUUAGUGAAAAUCUUUCUCAACAAGGUAUUUCGAAAAUUAAAAUUCUUAAUGUUUUAAAAGCAUUAUUGUUUAUAGGUUAUGGUGGAUGUCAUGCUUUGUUAGAUGAAAGAAAUGUUUGUUUACAUAAAUUUUAUUUAUAUCUUGGUUUUACUGAUAUAGCAAAUAUUGAUCAAAAUGAUCAUAUGAUUCUUCUUGCUAAAAGAUUUUAA